AUGUCUAACUAUUCCUGCAGUUAUAUUCAUCAAAUAUCUACCGAGAAAGAUACAUGGAAGUUGAAGGUGCGAGUAUUACGUUUGUGGAAGCAAGCGUAUCAGAUUGACAUGAUUUUGAUGGACGAAAAUGGUGAUAAGAUUCAGGCCACCGUAAAGAAGGGGUUGAUGUGUGUGUUUGAAAACCAGCUUGAGGAGGGUAGUGUGGUGCUUCUCAGCAAGUUUGGUGUUGGUGAGAUGAAUGACAAGUUUCCUAUUAUAAAUCGUGAGGUUGAAGUUGAAUUGACAGUGGAUGUGAUCUGUUAUGUUGUAUCUACUACCGAUAUAGAAGUUUUUAAUCGUUCUGGAAAGGAAAGCAAGAGGAUAAGUUUUGAGAUUGUUAACUUUACUGGAGACACCAUUGGUUGCACUUUGUGGGAUAAUUUUUCACAACAGUUUUCCACUUUUAUUCAGGGUUAUUCAUGUGAUGCCGUUGUCAUUGUUCUAAUUCAAUUUGCUAAAGUUAAGAAUUGGAGAGGCAGCCCAAAUAUUCAAAAUGCAUUUUUUGGUAGUCGUUUGUUUAUCAAUGAUGAUAUUGAGGAAAUUACAAGUUUCAGGAAUAGGCUCAUUGAAGGUGGCCAAGUUGAAGGAUCUUCACAGAUUACACCAGCUUCGUUGUCCAGUCAAACUGUUUACUCUUCUGGUGAAGAAUUCCUGAAGAAGUACGAGAGAAAGUUUGUCGAAGAGAUUUGGGACGUCGCCGUUGAAUCUGUCUUUGUUGUUCUUGGUACUAUAAGGUUCGUUGAGGAAGAUUUUGGAUGGUUUUAUGUUGGGUGUUCCAAGUGUAGCAAGAAGGUGAUUCCUGCUUCUGAUCAUGCUGGUGGCCUUGAUGAUAUAGAUGCAGAUGACGCUGCAUCUGAUGAUGGUUUUUAUUAUAAUUUUUGUAAUUCUAAAUACAAGAUACGUGUGAGAGUUCAAGAUGCAACUGGCACUAUAUCUUUUGUUAUCUUUGACAAGGAUGUUUCCAAAGUUAUAGGGAGGUCUGCUCAUGAUAUCCAUGAUCAACAACUUAGGGAUGGAGAGGAAAAUGUCUGCCCAAGGGAAGUGAAACAGUUGGUUAGCAAGAGAUACAUUUUCAAAAUUGAAAUUUCAACUUUCAAUCUGACGUCCAACUAUCAUGUUAAUACUGUAUUGAAGUUGUGUGAUGACAAUGAAAUAAUAAAAGUCAUGUUGCAAGAUGAUACCGCCGAGCAGGAGGCCUUUUCUUUUACCGAAGACUCGGAAGUACCAACUGAUGCUGCCAACGAUGAUGCCACAAGUCCUCAAGCUGCUAAACGUUCAAGUGAUGUUUCAAAAGAUGAAAAUGGAGAGUCUUCUACAACAAAACGAAGGCUUCUGAAUGUCAAACUCGAGAAGUGA